AUGGACAGUCAUUUAACGGCGCCGGUCCGUUCACGGAGCUCACAGUCGGCGUCCCCCUCACACUCUGCUUCCGCCUCAGCGACGUCGUCCAUUCACAAGCGUAAGCUGGUGUCUGACGAUCACGCGCCCCCUUUUCCUUCCUCUUUCUCCGAUACCCGAGACGGUCUCACUUCCAAUGACGACCUCGAGAGCAUCAGCGCACGCGGCGCGGACUCCGACUCCGACGACGAGUCCGAGGAAGCUGUUGACGACGAGGAGUACGAUAACUCCUCCAUAAGAAACUUCACCGCCUCGAGAUUAGAUAAUAAUGUGGCUCCAUCUGGGAGGAAUACUAAACUAAAGACCGAGAAUUCUGUUAAAGUUGAGCCUUCUGAUGGUGGGAAAGAUGGCGGCACCGGCUCCGUCACCGGCAAUGCAGCAAAUGCAGCCACUGCGGGCUCCACUCUCGGAACUGUGAAGGAAGAGACAAAGAGCGUUCUUACGGAUAACAUUCAAACCAGUGGGGCUUAUAUCGCAAGGGAGGAGAGUUUGAAGAGAGAGGAGGAAUCGGGAAGGUUAAAGUUUGCGUUCUGUUCCAAUGAUGGUACUGAUGAGCAUAUGGUUUGGUUGAUAGGGUUGAAGAACAUAUUUGGCCGGCAAUUACCUAACAUGCCCAAGGAAUAUAUUGUUCGCCUGGUGAUGGACAGAAGCCACAAAUCUGUCAUGGUCAUCAGACGUAAUCAAGUUGUUGGUGGUAUAACUUAUCGCCCUUACAAGAGCCAGAAGUUUGGUGAGAUAGCUUUUUGUGCUAUCGCAGCAGAUGAGCAAGUCAAAGGUUAUGGGACCAGGCUGAUGAACCACUUAAAGCAGCAUGCUCGUGACGUGGAUGGAUUAACUCAUUUUUUAACAUAUGCUGACAAUAAUGCUGUUGGUUACUUUGUCAAACAGGGCUUUACAAAGGAGAUUUACCUGGAGAAAGAGCGAUGGCAUGGUUACAUCAAGGACUAUGAUGGAGGAAUCCUUAUGGAAUGUAAGAUUGAUCCAAAGCUUCCUUAUACUGAUCUAUCAACUAUGAUACGCAGCCAAAGACAGGCAAUUGAUGAAAAGAUUAGAGAGCUGUCAAAUUGCCAUAUUGUCUAUCCACCAAUUGAUUUCCAGAAGAAGGAAGCUGGUAUCCCAAAGAAGCCUAUCAGAGUUGAGGAUAUACCUGGGUUGAGAGAGGCAGGUUGGACCCCUGAUCAAUAUGGGCAUUCUCAGUAUAAGAUGCUUAAUUCAUCAACUGAUGGUGUUUCAAAUCAGAAGAUGAUGACAGCAUUUAUGCGUUCACUUGUCAAGAUAAUGGUUGAACAUACUGAUUCUUGGCCGUUCAGGGAACCUGUUGAUGCACGAGAUGUACCUGACUAUUAUGAUAUCAUUAAGGAUCCAAUGGAUCUAAAGACAAUGUCAAAAAGGGUAGAGUCAGAGCAGUAUUAUGUGACUCUUGACAUGUUUAUUGCGGAUGUGAAGAGGAUGUUUUCCAACGCGCGGACAUAUAACUCACCUGACACAAUCUAUUACAGAUGCGCAACCAGGGUUGAAGCACAUGUAAUGAACAAAUUUCAAAGUGGACUCCAGAAUGGUCCUAAAAUGCAGCAAUGA